AUGUCCCACCAGCGCGUGAGGCGCAAUGGCUCCCCCACCCCUGCUACCUCCUUGGGGGGAGGGGGAGCAACCGUGGCGGCAGGCGGGGGAGCGAGCAGCCGCCUGCAGCCCAUGAGGGCCACGGUGCCCUUCCAGCUCAAGCAGCAGCAGCAACAUGGCAGCCCCACGAGGAGUGGCGGCGGCGGCGCGUGCGCCUCAGGCGGGGGUCUCUCACGCGCGGCGCCUGCCUCGCGCAGCACCAGCCCCACGCGCGCAGCGCCCCCGAACGGCGGCAGCGCGCGCGCCAGCCCCGCGGUGGCCACGCAGACGCCCGGGGGAGGGGGUGGCAGCGGCCCCGCCGCCUCUGUCUCCUCGCGUGGCAGCCCCACGCGCGCCGGCGGGGCGGGAGCGCGUGGGAGCCCCCCGCGCCCUCACCAACUGCCGCCCCCUCCUCCCCCGCCGCCCCCUCCGCUGCCAGGCUCUGUUCUGUCCCCCUGCGCCUCCCCCGUCCCGCCCUUGCCGGAGGGCAGUGCCACUGCCUCGGCUGGCAGGGUCCGGCAUCGCCAGCGGCGGCGCUCCCCAGAGCAGGGCAGGAGCUCCCCGGAGAGGAAGAGCCCCAGCUCCCCCGUCUGCAAAGUUGACAAAUCACGACCGCCUUCAUCAAGCCCUUCCAGUAUAAUUCGCCGCACUUCCUCACUGGAUACACUUGCUGCUCCCUACCUCGCUGGACAAUGGCCUCGUGAUAAUCAUGGACAGGCUGCUCCCUGUAUGAGGGACAAAGCCACGCAGACAGAGAGUGCCUGGGCUGAAGAAUAUUUAGAAAAGAAGAAAGGAUCUCACAAGCGUUCAGCAUCCUGGGGCAGCACAGACCAACUCAAGGAGAUUGCAAAAUUGCGUCAGCAGUUGCAGAGAAGUAAACACAGCAGCAGGCAUCAUCGGGAUAAAGAAAGACAGUCUCCAUUCCAUGGUAACCAUGCAGCCAUUAAUCAGUGUCAGGCUCCCAUCCCAAAAAGUGUAAUUGUUCCUGUUAUACCCAUAACCAAAUCGACAGGAUCACGUUUCCGGAACAGCAUAGAGGGGCUGAAUCAGGAGAUUGAGAUAAUAAUUAAGGAGACAGGAGGCAAGGAAGAACAGCUGAUUCCGCAAGAUAUUCCAGAUGGGCACCGUGCUCCCCCUCCGCUGGCGCAGCGCAGUAGCAGUACUCGCAACAUGGAUACCCAAACACCCGGUGGAGCAGACAGAGGCAGUAACAACAGCAGCCGUUCCCAGUCUGUGUCCCCCACCUCGUUUCUUACUAUCUCAAAUGAGGGCAGUGAGGAGAGCCCUUGCUCUGCUGAUGAUCUUCUUGCUGACUCCAGAGAUAAAGAGAAUGGGAACAACUCUCCCUUGCCCAAAUAUGCUACCUCGCCAAAACCCAACAACAGCUACAUGUUCAAGCGUGAACCUCCUGAGGGCUGCGAGAAGGUGAAAGUCUUUGAGGAAAGUUUGCCAAAGCCAUUGCAUGAAAUUCCAGCCUUCUACUGUCCUGACAAGAACAAAGUGAAUUUCAUUCCUAAAAGUGGCUCUGCUUUCUGCCUUGUCAGUAUUCUCAAACCACUUCUUCCCACACCGGAUCUUACGCUCAAAGGCACUACUCAUAGCCUGACUGUCUCCUCUGGCAUGACAUCUAAUUUGCUACAGCCCAUUGCCAUGGCCUCUCUGUCUGCAAACACUGAGCAAGACCGGAUCUCUCGUGGAACAAGUACAGUAAUACCACAGACCUCUAUACUCCAGCAAUCAGGACAUAUCGAAGAAGCUGAGUGAUGAGUUUCCAUUGUGCAGGCAUUGUUCUGGAGAGACUGCUAGGAAGACCUUGUUUAAACUAGUUGUGACUGGUCACACCUGUUUGUUCAUUUUAACAGCUCAUGACAUUGUCAUAGUCAUAUUCUCCUGAUCUCCAUGACUAUAUUGGUAGCAUGCUGAGAAAUCUAGGAGGAAGCAGCAGAAGAAGCAGUGCUAUACUCUACUUGUGAAGACUCGCGUUCAAUUUCUCGCCUGCCUUUUUUUUUUUUUUUUUUUUUCCCCAAGCUCUGAUAAGACAAAGACUGUUACUAAUUCUUUGCCAUUGGAAGGAUCAGUUAUUGUGAUGCUUUGUGUCCUUUAGACUUUUUCAACAACAACAAACAUUUUGAGAGACAGCUGAUGCCAGCAACCACUGUAACUUGCAGAGGGAGGGAUAACCAUAUGGCACUGCAAGACCCAUCUUUUGUAUGAAAAUGAAUAUUUUAUAACAAGUUUGCAUUUUCUGAUACAGAGCAGGAUGUUCAAAAGACACUUUCAUAGCCACUGUUUUCCCUUCUUUGGGUAGUACGUUUUUCUCAGCUGUUUUCCAGCUGCUGGGACCAAAGGAUUGUUGAAAUACUUUAGCAGUCUCCGUCAUGUGACCUUGUUCAACAGUCCCUACCCCCAACAAAAGCAAAUAAAUUAAUGCAUACAAAAUGUAAAACAAAAGGAAAGAAAAAACAAUAUUAGUAUGUUAUGUGCAUUUGGUUUUGAUAUCAGAGGUUUGUGCUUUGGUAAACCACAUUGUUCUUGAACUGCUACUCCCUAGAUAGAAUUCCUGUGUACAUUUAAUUACAUGGGCAGAAAAUAGCAUUUUAGAGCACUUGUGCCAGUAGCGUAAUCACUUUUCCCUAGAACUUUUGUUUGGGUUAAAAAAUGUCUCUUCCCUGCCUCCACCCAAACAAACAAACAAAAACAAAACCUACAAAAACAAAACCUGCCACUUGGCUCUUGAGAGAUCUCUUGGUUACUUGUGUAAUUCGGUCUGAAUCAUGCAUCAGUUUUUGGCACAAAAUUCACUCUGUUGUGGCUGAUCACUGUACUAUAGACUCUAGCCACAUGAUACUGAAAUGGCUAUGCAUGAUUCCUCAUCCUUGUCAUAAUGCUGUUUUGUGGGUGUGUUGAGGGUAGUAGUUUGUUAGGCAUGGUAUUUGUUACACAGCAGUCAACAGCAACAGAUAUGUUCUCCCUUUUUGACUAGCAACAUUGUCAAGUGUGUCAGAGAGAGGAUAUGUUGAUGCCUGGUUCUGGUUUGCAGCUGUUACCAGUUUCCUUUAUGCCUCUGUGGUUCUUUGACAGUUGAAAUAAAAAAUGAAAAUGGGGAGGGAUGUUCAAAGAGAGCUUGUUCAGGGACUGCAGUGAAGUUUCUCCCAGAGUACUGAAAUGCACUUCUUGUCUUUAGAUAAAUAUCACAGUCCAAACAUCUGCAACUGCUUUAAUACCAAAAUAUCUUCAGGUUACAAAAAUCAGUGGACAGAAUCCCUGUUUUGGGGAGGUGGCUUCAGUCAUUUCAAAGUAGGUGUUUCAAUGUAUAGUCUCUGGGUCUGAAUAGUCACCCACUGCAUAUGUGCAGCUCUCAUUGACUUACAUACAAACAACUCCCAUGGAUCAGCUGCAUAAUCACACACCUGUUUGUAAUUGCAUCUUUUUAAGAACCAUAUCGCAAAUGUAACGUUUUGUUCUUUGUGUAACACACUGAGAAUUUGGUUGCAGACACCUGAGCCAGGAAAAAUACUUGUGUGUCUUAGCAGCCAAUAGUUUCUAUGUACUUAUGAUGCACAUUGGGUAGUUCCUAUAAAUCCCACCUAACAUAUAGCAAUAAAUCUACUAAAAGAAUAACUGUAAAAUGCACCAGCCUACAUAAGUGCUGCAUUUAUGGUCUAAUGAGCACCCUUUUUAAAGUUACCUAAUAACCAAAUUUCAACACUUAGUCCAUUGUGGUUAUUUAUAGGGUUAUUAGAUCUGUUAAAUUAAUUAACAAAUUGAGGACCAAAUCCUGCUCACUUUACUCAUUCCCAUUGAAAUCAGUGGGAUUACUCAUGUGAGUAAGAGGACUUGGUCAUGAAUGAACAUAUUUGGUCCACACCAAUAAAGUUGGGGGAGGGGAGCGUUUGAUAAGAUAGUAGUGCUUAGUACAUCAAAGCUACAUUAUAAAAGAUGACCAUUUUAGGAAUAAUGGGACAUUACUAGUAAAUUCUAUGGACACCUAAGAGAGGUCUCCUUUCUAAAACAUGUAAAAAUCAUGGUAGCUUGUUUAGACCGUGUUAGGGUUUGGACAAAAUCUGAUAUUUUUGGCUUUGUGGAAGAUGGAAAUACUUAGGCAAGGGGACUUUUUGUAUGGCAUCCAAACUAAUUUCUACUUCUUUCAUAGUAACAGGUAAAGUGCUUCUGCCAUUAAUGCCAAACAGCAUGGUGCUUAUCAGGAGAUCUUAACUGGAUAGUUAAGUACCAAAGGGCUAAAGUCAGCAUAUAAUAAAACUUUUAGUCUUGGGGU